AUGGCUCCCCAUCUUCCUCAAGAAAUAUUAUGUUUGAUUGCAGAGCACCUGCAGGAACUAAAGGCCUCUCUGGUUCCUUGUACUCGAGUAUGCCGUCAAUGGCAAGUCGGUUUCGAGCCCCUCAUUUACGCUGAACCGAUCAACGUUUUCAGUGCCGAUGGUGUCAGCAAGGAAGGUUGUGGAAGGGCAAUGCCAUUGAGUCACUUUCAGAAAGUAACCUCUGGCAAUGGAGUGGCACGACGAGGUCUGAUCCGACAUUUGAGCUACCACAUUGUUGUGCCUAUUGACCUUGCGGAUUGGCAAACCCGCAAGCAAAAAGGAUAUAACCUAGAGAACAGUGUACGUCAGAAUAAUGAUAUUGCCUUUCAGUCGGCAAUAGUCGAUCUUUUCAAUACUCUCACACUGUGGGAUCCCGAUUCGAGGCUUUCACUUGACUUGGCGUUGUUGGGUCGUGAAGAGGGAAAGGAGCCUCGCACAACUGAUUUCCCCAUUGCGGGUGACUAUUGCUAUGAUUAUACAAAGGGAAGAACUAGGUCAGUGACUGUCUAUCGGGCACGCUUUCCAGACGACGGGCUCUCCCUUCUUCCGGCUGUCGCGUGUAUCGAUCGUCUUUUCUUUCAUUACGAUUACCCUUGUCAUCAAAUAUGGGCCGGAUCCGCCAUGGAAAUUGCUCGGCGCUGUAUAAGCCUUACAGAGAUCAUACUGGACCUAAAUGAAUAUAUUCGCCCGGAUCACAUUGAAUAUAUUCAAGCAAGGCGUCAAGCUGUGGCCGACGGUCUUUUGACCAUGCCACAUAGCCUGAAGAUUUUUAAUUUCCGUAACCAGGAUGAGAGCCCAUGGAAAGAAAUGAUGUCUGGCUUGAAUGUUCUACUUUCGGAUAACGAUUUCCUUUCUCAGAACAUUCUAAAUCUGAGUCUAUCGCUCAGAGAAUUAAAAAUGCGUAAUCUUUCGCUCACACCAGAUUUCAUGUUCCCCUUGGAUACAGAAAGCCAUCCCUUACCGACUUCCCGAUCUCUCUACUGGCCUUCAUUAGAAGUGGUAGAGCUAACUCAUGUACCUCCAAGACUUCCAUCAGGCGAGUGGGUUGCUCAUCCAACACCUGAGGACCAACUCAGAAUCGAUGAAGUUAAAGACUGGGAGUUCAUCAUAUGUGACCUUGAAGAAGGCUUAAUUGAGCGGCCUAUUUUCGACCGCGAACAUUUCUACCGAACUCUCAUUUCCCUCGGCCAUACAGCUCGCCAUAUGCCAUGUUUAAGGUACAUGAAAUAUCGUCUCGGUCAUACCACUCAUUUUGAAUUUGAAUUUGAACUCGAUAGCUCGUCGGGGGAGGCGGAGUGGCUGCUUGAUUCUCCUUUUCGACCGGAUCAACGGGUAGCGGAUGUGUGGAAAUUUCCACUAGAGGACGAAGAUGUGAAGUUACCUCCAAUGUCAAUCACUAUUGCUGACUGGAGUCAAUAUAUGGCCGGAUCUCAGGGGAACGCGAAGGAAUGA